AUGGUGGGGGACGACGCCGCCACUGCGGCGUUCAAGCAGUGGUGGGAGGACGUCGGCGUCGUGCGGGGCGGGCUGCUGGUCUACAACACUGGCAGGUCCCUUGAGUCGUUCAAGCAGCUGCUGGAGGCGAAGGGCGGCGCCCUCGCGCGGCCGGACGUCCUCAUCAGCGCAGUGGGCACCAAGAUCUACAACUAUGCGGGGCAGGGCCAGUGGAAGGAGGACGCGGGCUGGGUGGAGCAGCUGGGGGAGGGCUGGGACCUGGGGGUCGUGCGGGAAGCUGCCUACAAGGCGCUGGCAGAGGUCGGCCGCGAGGCGAUGCACUUCCGGCCGCCCGAGGAGCAGAACGACCACAAGGUCACGUGCGGCGUCCAGACGGGGCCCCUGCCGCGCGUGCUGGAGCGGAUCAGCAAAACGCUUGAGAAGGGCGGCGUGGAUUGCAACGUCAUUACCAGCGGGACGGGCGACUGGCGGUUUCUUGAUCUGGUGCCCAAGCGCGCCGGCAAGCUGCAGGCGCUUGACUACGUGCGGCAGGAGCACGGCUUCCCUCUGUCUGCGACCGUGGCCUGUGGGGACAGCGGCAAUGACAUCCUGAUGCUGUCGGGGCCAAAUCUCGCCAUCGUGGUCGGCAAUGCGCAGCCGGACCUGGUGAGUUGGGUGGAGGCGCACCAAGCCGACGCCAGCCCGGUCCCCGGCAAGCAGCGGCUGCUCGUCGCCUCGGCGCACGAGGCGCGCGGCAUAUUGGAGGGCCUGGAGUAUUGGGGCCUCAAGUAG